CAGAACGAGGGACAGCCUCAGAUCCAUGCUGAGAGGCGAGAGAAAGCGCGCCGAAGUUUUCCUGCAGUGGAGCGAGCUGAAGUUAUCCUUCAACAGCAAACACUAAAGCGAAAACUAAUCUGAGAAAAGGAGUGUUUGGAGGGAGGAAGACUUAAAAAAACAAACAAACAGGAUCUGUCCAAGGUCAGAGGUGGUGUGUGUUAACUCCCAGUGGUCUGUGGUCCUCUCCCAGUGCUGAAAAAUGAGUCUGAGUACCAGUGACCUGGAGGACCUGUGGGAGUCGUUGGGGUAUCUCAACUUCUCUGACACCUUUGGCAACAUAUCAAGCGUGGACACAAUGACGUGUGCCACGGCAUUCAACCGGAGCGCCUUGCUCUACUCCAUGUGUGUCCUCUACACUUUUAUCUUCAUCGUUGGUCUGGCUGCCAACGCUCUGGUCCUCUGGGUCAAUAUCCGUGCUCCAAGAGACUCCACCUCUCGCCAUGAGACACACAUGUACAUCACCCACCUGGCAGUCGCAGACCUGUGUGUGUGCGUCACUCUGCCUGUGUGGGUGAGCUCACUGGCCCAGCACGGCCACUGGCCCUUUGGUGAAGUGGCGUGUAAACUCACACACCUUGUGUUCUCCGUCAACCUCUUCAGCAGCAUCUUCUUCCUGGCGUGCAUGAGUGUAGACCGCUACCUAAGUGUGACGCGGCACGGAGAAAACGAGGGAAGCAUGUGCAGGAAGCUAAUCCGCCCCACAGCAUGUGUGGGGGUGUGGCUUCUGGCUCUGGUGGCCUCCUUGCCAGACACUUACUUCCUGCAUACUGUGAAGGCAUCGCAUGGAGACACCAUGCUGUGCAGGCCUGUGUACCCAGAGGACAACCCCAGGGAGUGGAUGGUGGGAGUGCAGCUGAGCUUCAUCCUGCUGGGCUUUGUUCUCCCCUUCCCAAUUAUCGCAGUGUUCUACGCCCUGCUAGCCAAAGCUUUCACUCGCUCGUCUUCUCCUUUAUCUUCCACAUUAGAGCAGGAGCGACGUGUGAGCCGCAGGGUGAUCCUGGCUUAUAUCGUGGUUUUCCUGGGCUGCUGGGGGCCGUACCAUGGCGUCCUCCUGGUUGAUGCUCUCUCUCAGAUGGGUCUGGUGCCUCUGACCUGUGGCCUGGAGAAUUUGAUCUAUGUGGCCUUACACCUCACCCAGUGCCUGUCCUUGCUCCACUGCUGUUUCAAUCCCAUCCUCUACAACUUCAUCAACAGAAACUACCGUUAUGACCUCAUGAAGGCCUUCAUCUUUAAAUACUCCACGACGACAGGCUUGGCACGCCUCAUUGAGCCUUCCAACAUAUCUGAGGCUGAGUACUCUGCCGUAGCUGUAGACAACCCACCGCUGAUCUGAAACUACUCUAUGAGCAUUUUUUUGAACACUGUUGCUAAAUCUAAAUAGCUAUAAUGCAAUGUAAACUUAUGUUACAACUGAUUUAUUCUUAGAAGGAUCUGUCCACUGUUAGCAUUAUGUUUGACAUUAGAUGAAAAUGAGAAGAAAUAAAGAAAAUGCUAUUGUCUUUACAGACGAGUCACGUAGAAAAUCGUGAGGACUGGCUAAUAACAACUUUGAUGGACUGGUUGAAAAAGCACUUAGAGAGCAGUUUUAUUAUAUGGAGCUGAUACUGAAAUCAUAUAAAUAUUGUAACUCAUAUGUAAAGCCAAAAGAGUGACUGUAAAUGUGUAAAAUCAUUGCCUUUACAUGAUAUGUAGGAUUGUAUUGUGUUUGUGUGUGUAAAUUGGGGUUGGGGGAGGCUAAAAAAAAUCCCUCCCUCAACUUUGUGCAUAAUCUGAUGGGCAUUGAUAGUAUUAGCAGAGUAAUAUUUUUAAUCUUUCAAGUUGUAUUUAUGUAUAUUUUAGCUGUUUUUUUUGCCUCUUUCAUGUUGUAAUUCACACACUGAGUCUGCUGAACGCUCCACUUCAUACAAUGCUGCCUCAUCAUUUUAGUCACUGCACUGACCGGCUCAGUGUUCAAGUCCUGCUGUCUUAGUAUUAAUCAUAUCCUCAUGUCAUAUUAGUUCAAUCCUUCAGACAAGUAAUUUAAAUCAAUUUGGAGUUGUUGCAUGCAACUAAGGUCUUUGAAUUAUCUUGUGAAUGUGUGUUCUGUGUGUCAUAGCUUUACAAUUAGGGAAAUAUGCUCAUUUCCUUUCUUGCUGAGAAACGUGAAGCUACAGCCAGCUUAGAUUAGUUUAGCAUAAUGACUGGGAGCAGAGGGAAACUGCUAGCCUGGCUGUGUCAAAAAGUAACAAAGUCUGCCUACCAGCGCGUCUAAAGCUCAGUAAUUAACAUGUUGCAUCUUGCUCGUUUAAUCCGUCCUCAAACAUGCUACAUGCAAAUCAACUUUCUAGUUUUAUUUUCAUUCUAAAUAUUUCCAAAAUGUUGUCUGAAUGCUUCAACUGGGACUACUAAGAUUAAAGAGCAGAUAGAUAUAACUCCCAUAUCCUCUGUACCAUAUAUGUACAGUAUGAAUUGUUAAACUGUACGGUCUCUUUGCAUUGCAUCAAUCCUAGUAGUGCAAAUGAUUCACAUAGUUUAUGUGGUAUUAAUCCUGCCGUGUCAGCACAUAGACCACAGACAGCUAAGAUGUUUAUGACCAAACAAUGACUGAAAAGCUUUACUGCGCUCAUGUUCUGUAGGCAGCAGCUGUGAUGUGCAACAACCAAAUGUUUAUUAGGGACCAAAUAACCAAAAAACAUCACUGCAUUGCUUUAAAGUUUGUGUGUGUGUGUGUGUGUGUGUGUGUGUGUGUGUGAUGUGUCACAGCUUGACACUAAGAGACAAUGUUUUAUGUGUCAUAAACAUUGAGCUAUACAGUUUACUCACUGUCUGUUGUAGGAAACAGCAUACUCUUUUGAUGUGCUGACAUAGAGCGCAUUGUGUCAUGUGAUUGGUUACACAUGUAUGCUUUUACACUGACUUCAUGUUGCGAUUAGAAAAGAUUGAACAGAGGCAUUCCUAUGGUAUUGUAAUGUUUAACAUAUGUUUUGUUAUGUAUUAAAUACACAGAAAAUG